ACAAGGUGGGAAGAACAUCAUUUCCUUUAUUCUUGGGUGGGUCUGCACCAAAGGAUCAAGAGGGCUAACAGAAUCUGGGUAAUUCAGGGUGGCAUCUGAACUAUCAGAGAGCACUGUGUACACAUGAAAGAAUUAUACAGAUAGGUAAAUGAUAUUGCACAUACUUCAGCAAAAUCCAAUUAGAGGUCUCCAAGUGCAUUGCAAUUUAGAGCUUCCACACUAUUUUACCUAUGGUGUAGGCAGCCUGUCUGUUUAAAAUCCUUCUAAGAAAUUAUGGCUGUACAAACUGGUCCAACAAAUAGCUGAAUAUGGACACUGCUCUGUUAAGGGAAGGCAGACCUAGCUGUAAGUAUUAUAUUUUAUCUCAUGGCCUGGAAGCUUUGUCAUGCUUUAUGGCUAAUAAUCGGGUUAUUAAAUAACUCAAAAAGUCCUCUCCAGCAGUCCAGGCUCUACUGGGGUUAACUUUUGCUGUGGGGCUAGGAUGAGGAAAAACAGAUCUUCCCAAGCUGCAGCCUCAAUUGACAUCCCCUUCACCCCACACCUGAGCUCCUGCUCCCUGGAAAAGAAACCUGAGUAAAGACAGCUGUGGCAGCAGAGAAGGGUUCUUCUUGGCAGUGGCUGCUUCUGACUUCAGAGAUGUGGACAUUAAACUAGAAAGCAGUGCUGAGAGAGAGGACCAGGAAGUAAAUGACACUGGGAAAUGAGAAACUCAGGGAAGAAAGGACCUGCCUUUCCUCCUCUCAAAAAGCCCACAAAACUAUUGGAAGAAUCUUGCAGACCCACCAGAGAUCCCCGGAUUCACUUGGAGAAUCAUUGAUCUAUAAACAACGUCUUGAUUUCAGAACCCUUUUGAUCUGGAAUUAUCUGUUAUUGACCACAGAACUGCUACUGACGAUUCCUGGGACAGGGGCCUGUAUAGUGAGAGGCCUUCAAGGAUGAAUAUCCUCCGCCUACUCCUGGCCACCCUGCUGGUCUGCCUGUGCCUCCUCACUGCCUACAGUCACCUGGCACCUGAGGAAAAACCCAGAGAUGACAGGAACCUGAGGAGCAACUCCUCCAUGAACAUGUUGGAUCUCUCUUCUGUCUCUAUUGUAGCGCUGAACAAGAAAUCCAAAAAGAUCAGCAGAAAAGAGGCGGAAAAGAAGAGAUCUUCCAAGAAAAAGGCUUCGAUGAAGAAUGUUGCUCAGCCUCGGCGGCCCCGGCCUCCGCCGCCCGCCCCCUGCGUGGCCACUCGUGACAGCUGCAAGCCGCCGGCGCCCGCCUGCUGCGACCCGUGCGCCUCCUGCCAGUGCCGCUUCUUCCGCAGCUCCUGCUCCUGCCGAGUGCUCAACCCCACCUGCUGAGCUCACCCACCUCCAAGGCCGGCGGGGAGGGGCAGGGAGCCAGCUGGGAGGGGUAGGGCGCCAGCGGGGAGGGGUAGGGCGCCAGCGGGGAGGGGU